AUGUCGUCCAUCGGGACAUCGGGUCCAUGCUUGGAAGCUUCUGGCCGAGUGGACCCGUCUUUGUGGAGUUUACACGACGUGUCCUUCCUCAGUCCAAGGACACGCAGGCUGGCGUUAGUCCGGGCUGAACGCCGCCUCUCGCCCAAAGUCAACCCAAUGCCACGAGGACGAGUGUGUGUCGUCGUCAGCCUGCUGCUGCCGGCCGCCGCCGCCACCACCGCCGCCGCCGCCGCCAACCUGACAUGUGAAGACCUGCUCAGGCCGUCAGGGAACUUCUCACUGGCGUCCCCGGCGGCCUCGUGGAACCAAACCCUGGGAAACGCCACCGGGCCGUGGAGCGGCUCCGGACUCUACUGUGACACCUCCAUCGAUGGCAUCGGCACCUGCUGGCCCCGGAGCGGCGCCGGGCAGCUGGUGUCGCGACCCUGCCCCGAGCUGUUCCACGGGGUCAAGUACAACACCACCAAUAACGUUUAUCGGAACUGUCUCUCCAACGGGACGUGGGCGCUGAAGGGGAACUACUCCAUGUGCAAGGCCAUCCUGGAGGAGAAAAAGUCCAAGAUGCACUUCCAGAUCGCGGUGAUCAUCAACUACCUGGGUCACUUCAUCUCCAUGGUGGCGCUGCUGGUGGCGUUCUUCCUCUUCCUGUGUCUGAGGAGCAUCCGCUGCCUGAGGAACAUCAUCCACUGGAACCUCAUCACCGCCUUCAUCCUGAGGAACGCCACCUGGUUCAUCGUCCAAAUGACCAUGAGCCCCGAGGUGCACGAGAGCAACGUGAUCUGGUGUCGACUCGUCACCGCCUCCUUCAACUACUUCCACUCCACCAACUUCUUCUGGAUGUUCGGCGAGGGCUGCUACCUGCACACGGCCAUCGUGCUCACCUACUCCACCGACAAGCUGCGCAAGUGGAUGUUCAUCUGCAUCGGCUGGUGUAUCCCGUUCCCCAUCAUCGUGGCGUGGGCCAUCGGGAAGCUCUACUACGACAACGAGAAGUGCUGGUUCGGGAAGCAAGCCGGUGUUUACACUGAUUACAUCUACCAAGGCCCCAUGAUCCUGGUGCUGGUGAUAAAUUUCAUUUUCCUCUUCAACAUUGUGAGGAUCCUGAUGACCAAACUGCGAGCGUCCACCACGUCAGAAACCAUCCAGUACAGGAAGGCCGUGAAGGCCACGCUGGUGCUGCUCCCGCUCCUGGGAAUCACCUACAUGCUGUUCUUCGUCAACCCGGGCGAGGACGACAUCUCUCAGAACGUCUUCAUCUACUUCAACUCCUUCCUGGAAUCCUUCCAGGGUUUCUUCGUCUCGGUGUUCUACUGCUUCCUGAACAGUGAGGUGCGCUCGGCGGCGAGGAAGCGUUUCCACCGGUGGCAGGAGCAGCACUCCAUCCGAGUCCGGAUGACGCAGGCCAUGUCCAUCCCCACGUCCCCUUCACGGGUCAGUUUCCACAGCAUCAAGCAGUCCACGUCGCUAUGA